UUAUUUACAAUCCCUAUAACAUGUAGCAAGAAAUACAUAUAAUAAUAGUAGAUAAAAAGUUCCCCUAAUUCCUAAGAUGUCUUGUUACUCCGUGUUGUUGCAUUGAUUUGUGAUGCCAAUUGAACUAAAAUAAUUUCUGGACUUAAUUAAGUUAGCUCAGCCUUUUAUGCUCUUUUUGACUUCCUAAGAACAUUUCGGUUUCUGGGUUUCUUAUUCUAAUUUUGUUCUUAGUUUUUUGUGGUAUUUUUCAGAAACCGUUUACGCUUUUUAGUUAUUUGACUUGAGUAAUGUAGUUACUCAAAAACUAAGACAAAACCAAGUUAAUUUUUUUAGAAAGCGUAAGAUUAAAAUUAAGAACAAACUAUUUAUUCACUUUUCUUUUUUUCUUGACUGUUGAUUUAGCAAUUGAUACCAAUCCCUCGGGGAAUAGAUAAUACUCCUACUAAUUAACAGCAAAGAAAUGAGAAAAAAGAUUCUUAAAUCGCACGAACUUUUUUACUUUCCCUAUUCUAUUCUAUUUAUUUUUUCCUCUACAUUGAUUAGUUGUUAGUAGUAAAUUUUAUUUUAAAAGGGUCGUUAGGGUUUCAUUCUUUACUCUAUUCGUGGGGUGGAUUUUGGAGCUAAUGUCCGGAGGUCCUCGAUAUUUUUUCUAAUUUCUCUAUCUGGGUUUGCUAAAGGGUUUAGAUUGAGGGUAAAGAUUAUGGUGGAGUGGGUUUUGGCUGCUGUAGUGUGAUACUCUUUGAAGGUGUGAAUCUAUAGUUUUAGAAAAGGAGAGCCAGGUUAAAGUGAUGUUUCAUAAUCAAGGAGCUUCUAGACAAAGUUGCAGUCUUCUUGCAGUAGUAUGUGGAAAAGCUGCUGAAUAUGAUCAGAAGUCAGAUGUAAAAGAUGGUACGCCGAGAUAUUGCUUCCCGGAGAUUGUAUCAUCAGGGCGUUUGGAGGUGCAACUUUUGAAAAACCCCAGUACGGAUGAAUUUCGUAAAGUUUUAGAUUCGUGGCAGCCAAAUAUUGUGUAUUUGCAAGGAGAACGUCUUUCGGAUGAUGAAGUUGGUUCGCCUGUUUGGGGAGGUGUUGAUUUGUCUUCUGUGGAAGCCAUUUCUGGACUUUUUAGUGCCACGCUUCCAACCGCUGUCUACUUGGAGCUCCCAAAUGGAGAAAAACUGGCUGAAGCUCUUCAUGCUAAGGGUGUUCCGUAUGUGUUGUACUGGAAGAGCGCAUUUUCCUGCUAUGCAGCAUCCCAUUUUCGGCAGGCAUUCUUAUGUGUGGCACAGAGUUCAACUUGUCAUGUUUGGGAUGCUUUCCAACUUGCACAUGCAUCCUUCAGGCUUUACUGUGUCCGAAACAACCUCCUUUUCCCUGAGAUGAGCCAGAUGGCCAGUGGUAAGCUGGGUCCUCACCUGCUUGGUGAUCCUCCCAAAAUCAAUGUCCCUCCGCCUGAGGCAGGUCCUGAAGAUGAUGAAGAAAGCAACUCCGAUACUCUUCCUGCCAUAAAGAUCUAUGAUGAUGAUGUGAACAUGAGGUUUCUCAUCUGUGGAACGCCAUGCUCACUGGAUGAAUGCUUGUUGGGAUCUAUAGCAGAUGGUCUGAAUGCCCUCUUAAACAUUGAAGUAAGUAACACCAACAUUGCCCCUUUUUAUUUCCUCGUGCAACAUAUUUUUCAUUUCUUGAAGAAACAGCAGCAGUGCUUCCUCCUGCUCUACCCACACACCUCCAANUCACUUCUAGUUUCAGGCAGUGCUCAAACAUGUUUUGAUGAUCUGCUAUUAGAGAAUCACAUAAAAAGUGAAAUCAUUGGAAACAGUGAACUGGUUCAUGCACUGCCAAGUGAUGAGGAAAAUAGACCACCUACAUCUGAGCCUCGGAGAUCAAUGUCAGUAGCUUGUGGGUCAGAAGUAUUUGAAGUUUGCAUGAAGGUUCCUACAUGGGCUUCACAGAUCUUAAGGCAAUUGGCUCCUGAUGUUUCAUAUCGUAGUUUAGUUGCACUUGGCAUAGCUAGCAUUCAGGGAUUAGCUGUAGCUUCAUUUGAGAAAGAUGAUGCUGAACGGCUUCUUUUCUUCUGCACAAAGCAAGGGAAGGAGGAUGGGUUUUCCUACAACUUUAAGAUUGGCAAUCCUCCAUCAUGGUUAAGACCGCCUGCUCCUAGCAGAAAAAGGCCUAAUGUAUAUCAAGAAACAAGUGCUAUUUGGCGAAAUGGUUUAGCAUCUGGAAAUCAUGUGGCUGUGAAAGAAGAGAUUGAAAGUAGAUUAGGGAAUGGUUUUGCAACCCCUCUGGUGACUGCUAGACAAAAACUCAAAGUUGCUGCUAUGAGGCCCAUUCCUCAUGUUCGUCAUCAAAAGAUGCUACCCUUUUCAGGGAUUUCAGCGGUGGAGAGCCUUGACGGGAACCAGGUGAAAACUAAUCUGCCCAUCAUUCCUUCCUCUGCUAAGGGCAGCAGUGUUGGAGUAAUUCCUGUUGCCCAUCGGAAGUCAGCAUCAAGCUCACAUCAGGCUAAGCAAAUUAUAUCCUUGAAUCCUCUUCCACUGAAGAAACAUGGUUGUGAGCGAAGUCCAAUACACGUGUGUUCUGAGGAGGAAUUUCUGAAAGAUGUAAUGCAGUUUUUAAUUCUUCGUGGACACACUCGUCUCAUUCCUCAAGGUGGCCUUGCUGAGUUUCCAGAUGCGAUUCUCAAUGCCAAACGCCUUGACCUCUUUAACUUGUAUAGGGAGGUGGUUUCGAGGGGUGGUUUUCAUGUUGGCAAUGGCAUCAAUUGGAAAGGACAAGUUUUCUCAAAAAUGCGAAAUCACACAGUAACCAAUAGGAUGACGGGUGUUGGGAAUACACUUAAAAGACAUUACGAGACUUAUCUUUUGGAGUACGAAUUGGCCCAUGAUGAUGUGGAUGGAGAGUGCUGCUUGUUAUGUCACAGUAGUGCUGCUGGAGAUUGGGUUAACUGUGGGAUUUGUGGUGAGUGGGCGCAUUUUGGCUGUGACAGAAGACCAGGUCUUGGUGCCUUCAAGGACUAUGCAAAGACAGAUGGACUGGAAUACAUAUGUCCGCAAUGCAGCGUUACAAAUUUUAAGAAGAAGAUGCAGAAAACUACGAAUGGAUAUUCCUGAGCCUAAGCCUAAUGGCUUCAUUACCACAAUUAUUGGGUUCUGCUGAUCCCAACUCAUUUUAUACAUCUUAGAACAUCAUCUGUUUUUUGCUGUGAAAUUAGUUGAGCUUGUAUUACAUAGGCAUUAGCUGUGUUCUGGAUGGACAGAGAGACACAUAUACUGAAGAGAAGUGAAAAGGCCAAAAGAAAUUGGAAGGCGGAGACGGGGAAGUGCUGCUGUUAUUAGGAAGAGUUAUAGAGAUAUAGGGAAAGAGAUGAAGUCUGGAGGGGGAUGUGGGUUAAGACUGCAGGCUAAUGAGGCUGCAUCUCAUGGCAAGUCUUUGUAAUAUAUAAUCCUCCUUUGAGAGGGAGGAUAUGACAUGUAGCUUUCUUGGUGGAAUUAAUUUUUCUAAAGUUCCACAAGUCUCUGCACAGCAUCUACAUUUUCAAGUCUCUGUUUGUUUAUUUAUUUUGAUCAUUUGAAAUUCUCAUAGGAUGCAAGUGAGAAUACAAGUAGUAAGUUUAGUUUUGAAGUAGCAUAGUAACAGCGCAGACUAGUCAUUUUUUGGCUAUGUAAUUGAAAAAUAGUCGAUGUUACGGAAGUUUUAACAUUUACAAGUGAAAUUCCAUGAAUACUAUUCUGGAGUUUCACAUGUAGAAAUUUGCAUCUCCAUGACAAUGUCUAUUCGUUAA